AGGACGACCGCGAGGCAGCCCGUACACGGCCGCGCUCGAUUGCUAGCGCUGCCACCGAACGUUGGCAAGCCAGCAAUCGAACCCUCCGGCAGCGCUGCGCGCGUCGAGAAGUCCUCGCUGCACGCCGUCGUCGCGUUUAGCCGCGCGCAAAUAAAACCUUGCAAAGAGAAAGACCGCUGCGCGGCACCUAGGCAGCCACCAUGUCCAUGGUCUUCGACGAGUACGGCCGGCCCUUCAUCAUCCUGAAGGAGCAGCAGGCCAAGAGUCGCAUCAAGGGCCUGCAGGCCCAGAAACACAACAUCAUGGCGCAUGGCGCUCGGUCUCCGGCUUGCUGCGAACCUCAUUAGGCCCAAAAGGGAUGGACAAGAUGAUGGUCUCGCCCGACGGCGACGUGACGAUCACGAACGACGGCGCGACCAUCUUAGAUAAGAUGGCGGUCGAGCACCAGGUCGCGAGAUUACUUGUGGAGUUGUCGCAGUCCCAAGACGACGAGAUCGGCGACGGGACGACGGGCGUUGUCGUGUUAGCUGGUGCUUUGCUCGAACAGGCCGAGAAGUUGCUCGAUCGCGGAUUGCAUCCCGUGCGAGUGGCGGAAGGCUUCGAAGCGGCCUGCCAGGUCUCGCUAGAAACCCUCGAGAAGAUCGCGGACACGGUGCACUUCGAGAAGAAGGUGGAUGAUAAAGUACUGGUCGAGACGGCGUCGACCACGCUCUCGUCGAAGAUCAUCAACGUGCACAAGAGGAAGAUGGCGCAGAUCGCCGUACGCGUUUCCGUGUCUGACACUUCAACGUGGCGGCGACGGCGCGGCCGCGUCGCGUCGACGGCGUCGCGGGCCUCGCAGAGCGUGCUGUUCGAGUUUGGGUGGAAACGAGACGCGUCGCUUCCACAACGCAGGUCGACGCCGUGUUAAGUGUCGCGCAGACGGUGGGCGACCACACGGACGUGAAUUUCGACCUGAUCAAGAUGGAGGGCAAGCCCGGCGGGCGGCUGGAGGAGACGGAGCUGAUCAAGGGCAUCGUCAUCGACAAGGACAUGAGCCACCCCCAGAUGCCCAAGGAAAUCCGGGACGUGAAGAUGUGCAUCCUCACGUGUCCGUUUGAACCCCCAAAACCCAAGACGAAGCACAAGCUCGACAUCAGUUCGAAGGAGGACUACGACAAGCUUUUUCAGCGGGAGCAGGCCUACUUCGGGGACAUGGUCGAGCAGUGCAAGGCCUGCGGGGCGAACCUCGUGAUCUGCCAGUGGGGCUUCGACGACGAGGCGAACCAUUUGCUGUUGCAGGCGGAGCUGCCCGCGGUGAGAUGGGUCGGCGGCGUCGAGCUCGAACUCAUUGCGAUCGCGACCGGUGGCCGCAUCGUCCCUAGAUUCUCGGAGCUCGAUGCGUCCAAACUAGGCCGGGCCGGAGUCGUGAGGGAGGUGUCCUUCGGCACGACCAAAGAAAGGAUGCUGGUGAUCGAAGAUUGCGCGUCCUCAGAAGCGGUCACAGUACUGGUGAGAGGCGGCAACAAGAUGAUCGUGGAGGAGGCGAAACGGUCGUUACAUGACGCCAUGUGCGUCGUGCGGAACUUGGUGAGAGAUAAUAGAAUUGUGUACGGUGGAGGGGCGGCCGAGAUCGCGUGUAGUGUGGCUGUCAGCAAAGCCGCCGACGCGGCGACGGGUCCCGAGCAGUACGCCAUCCGGGCCUUCGCCGACGCGCUGGACGACGUGCCCAUGGCCCUCGCCGAGAACAGUGGUUUGUCGCCGAUCGCCGAGCUCACCGCGGUCAAAGCGGCUCAGGUGGCACAAAACUGCCCGUUCCUCGGCGUCGACUGCUUGCAACAGGGCACGAACGACAUGAAGCGCCAGAAGGUCUUCGAGACGCUGAUCGGGAAGCAGCAGCAGGUCCAGCUCGCGACGCAGGUCGUCAAGAUGAUUCUGAAGAUCGACGACGUCAUCAUGUCCGGGGCCUACGCCUAGGUCUCUCCCCUUCUUGAUAUAAGUGGGGUUCGUUUUUACAUC